UGUCUAUAUAUGUUCCUUUUAGCUAAAAUGGAACAUCAUGUUAGUCGUCACCUGAGGGCGAUCUCUUAAGAAAGAGAAAAAGAGAAAAAGAGAAGAAAAUCAAGAGAGACAGAGAAAAAGAUGGAGCUUACUCAACAGGAUUUUCUGGAGGAACUACUUGCUCCAAGAAUAGAAAGUUGGAACAGUAAUAGUAGUAGCACUUUUGCAAGUGGAGUGAAGGAAUUCUUCCCAAAUGCAUGGAACAUUGAGUCAUCUACUUUCUAUCAAGAAAAUCCUGACUUUAUACCCUCAAAUUCUUCUCUUUUGGACCUCAUGAUGAUGUCUCCUUCUGAAUCCAGCUUUCCAUGUCCUGAUUUCCAAGAAUCCUACCCUUUUCUUGAUUCUUCUACUUAUAAUAAUCAAUUAGAGUGCAAUAAUAGAGCCUUGGUGGGGGAAGGUUUUAUUUCUAAUACUGAUCAUUUUCUUGGUCAUUAUGGUCAGCAAGAAGAUUCAGUUAGUUGCUUCAAUAUUAACAAAGUGGUCAAAAUGGAAGAAGCUGCCACUUCAAGAAUAAAUAGCCAUGUUACUGAUAUUGUGGGACAAGAAAAGAAGAGUGGCAACAAAGUGAAGAAGGUAGAGGGGCAACCGUCUAAAAAUCUAAUGGCAGAAAGGAGGAGAAGGAAACGACUCAACGACCGACUCUCUAUGCUUAGAUCCGUUGUGCCCAAAAUUAGCAAGAUGGAUAGAACAUCCAUACUUGGAGAUACAAUUGAUUACGUGAAGGAGCUCUUAGAUAAAAUCAGCAAGUUGCGUGAAGAAAAUGAAAUGCAAGACGAAAUUAAGGACAUAAAAUUUAUGGGAAAUUUCAAGGAGCUAAAGCCUAAUGAAGCGUUUGUCAGAAAUCCUCCAAAGACUUUGCAGUUUGAUGUAGAAAGGAGGAAUGGUGAGGAGACAAGCAUAGAGAUGUGUUGUGCAACGAAGCCAGGAUUACUGUUAUCUACAGUAAGCACAAUGGAAACAUUAGGUCUUGAGGUGCAACAAUGUGUUGUCAGCUGUUUUAGUGACUUCUCAAUGAGAGCUUCUUGCUCUGAGGCAACGGAACAUCGAACAAUUUUGGGUUCUGAAGACGUGAAGCAAGCUCUAUUCAAAACAGCAGGUUAUGGAGGAAGAUGUCUGUAGGGAAAUGAUACCUUUAGACACUAUGCUAGGAAAAAAAAGCCUUGAAGAGAUUUUUAUCUUAACUGCUCAAUGAGGAUAAAAAUUAAAUUUAAUAAAUGUCAAUCUUCUUUCUCCAA